AUGGGGAACGGUUCAAUGAAAUCAAAGCGUUACAAACACACUGACGGCUCCAGUGCUUCCUCUAACGGCCGAGCCCACAAAGAUCACGGUGGUGGGUACAAAAACUCGUCCCUGGACUCCCUGAGGGCCCGGGUGGAGGAGCUGGAGCGAGAGGGCAAGAGGAAGGAUGAGGAGCUGUGCACCAAAGAGCAGCAGAUCAAAGGUCUCCAGGAGCAGCUGGUCAAACAGACGCGAGCUCUGGCCGAGCUGAGCGAGGAGAUGCAGAACAAGUGCAUCCAGCUCAGCAAGCUGCAGGACGUGAUGAAGAACCAGACCGCAGCUUCCGCAUCACGGCCUCCCUCCAUCAAAACCAGCGGGAAGAGCAGCCCUAACCUCAGCGUCCGCAUCAAGGAAACCCUCAACAGAAGGAAAGGCGCCAAGGCUGGGGUGUCGGCCGAACCCACAUCCAGGACCUACGACUCCAGCAGCCUGCCCAAGUUCUCCUUCGAGAACGCCCGGGUACCGAAGGACGCGAGUGUGAAGAAGCUGCUGACCGACGCCCUGAACAAGAACCAGUACCUGAAGAGGCUGGAGCUGCAGCAGAUCAAAGACAUGGUGGAGUGCAUGUACGAGUGCACGUACCAGCUGGGAGAGUACGUCAUCAAGCAGGGAGAGCCGGGGAACCAUCUGUUCGUCCUGGCAGACGGGAAGCUGGACGUGUUUCAACACAACAAACUACUCACGUCGAUAACGGUGUGGACCACUUUUGGGGAAUUAGCGAUCCUGUACAACUGCACGCGGACGGCAUCGGUGCGAGCGGUCAACAAAGUGCGGACGUGGGCUUUGGACCGGGAGGUGUUUCAGAACAUCAUGAGGAGGACGGCUGAGACGCGACACGACCAGCACCGCAACUUCCUCCGCAGCGUUUCGCUCUUGGCUAAUCUACCAGAGGACAAGCUAAGCAAAAUAGUGGACUGCCUGGAGGUGGAAUACUAUGACAAGGGAGAGUACGUGAUCCGGGAGGGAGAGGAGGGCAGCACCUUCUACAUCAUCGCACAGGGGAAGGUGAAGGUGACCCAGAGCACCGAGGCCCACAAGGUGCCGCAGAUCAUCAACACGCUGCAGAAGGGAGACUACUUUGGAGAGAAAGCUCUCAUAAGCGAUGAUGUGAGGUCAGCAAACAUCGUGGCCGAGGAGAACGGGGUGGAGUGCCUCGUCAUCGACAGAGAGACAUUUGAUCAGACAGUGGGCACCUUCAAUGAGCUGCAGAAGUACCUCCAAGGCUACGUGGCAACACUCGAUCGUGACGACAAGAAGAGACAUGCCAGGAGGUCGGUGUCGCGCCACCAGAGUCAGCCGCUGUCUCCUGACGUCAUCCAGCUGAAGGAGAUGGUGUCGGUGUUCCCUCCGUCCAGACCCUUCGACCACCUGGAAGUCAUCGCCACCCUCGGCGUCGGCGGCUUUGGACGAGUAGAACUGGUGAAGGUGAAGGGCAAGGACAUCACCUUCGCCCUAAAGGUCAUCAAGAAGAAGCACGUGGUGGACAACAGGCAGGAGGAGCACAUCCACUCGGAGAGGAGGAUCCUCGCCGAGGCUCGCUCGCCUUUCGUCGUCAAACUGUAUCGCACGUUCAAGGAUAACAAGUAUGUGUACAUGCUGCUGGAGGCCUGUCUGGGUGGAGAGAUCUGGAGUCUGCUCAGAGACAGGGGGAGCUUUGAUGAUCCCGCUGCCAAAUUCUGCGUGGGUUGCGUCACAGAGGCUUUUGACUACCUCCAUCGCAAAGGCGUCCUCUACAGAGACCUGAAGCCUGAGAAUCUGAUGCUGGACACUGAGGGAUACAUCAAACUGGUUGACUUUGGAUUUGCUAAGAAGAUCAGAUGUGGCCAAAAGACCUGGACCUUCUGCGGUACCCCGGAGUACGUGGCCCCGGAGAUCAUCCUCAACAAAGGCCACAACUUCAGUGUGGACUUCUGGUCUCUGGGCAUCCUGGUGUUUGAGCUCCUCACCGGCAGUCCUCCGUUCUCAGGGAGCGACCAGAUGAUGACGUACACUUUGAUCUUGAAAGGCAUCGAAAAGAUGGACUUCCCCAAGAAGAUCAGCAAGAGACCCGAGGACCUAAUCCGCAAGCUCUGCAGGCGAAAUCCCUCAGAGCGACUGGGCAAUCUGAAGAACGGAAUAACUGAUAUCAAGAAGCACAGGUGGUUUAAUGGUUUCAACUGGGAGGGACUGAAGGCGAGGACUUUACCGUCUCCACUGAAAAGAGAACUCCUGGGGCCGACAGAUCACAGCUACUUCGACAGCUACCCUCCGGAUGAGGACAGUCCUCCCGAUGAGCUGUCUGGUUGGGACAUGGACUUCUAA